AUGGAUACCAUCAAAAUCAACCUUCGGGGAACAGUGUUCACGACAUCACAAAGGAUAUUACAAAACUAUCCGGACACGAAGCUAGCAUCAAUAACACAUCAGUGCGACAACUAUAUAACGGAAAAGGACGAAUAUUUCUUUGACAGAAAUCCUUCUAGUUUCCAUAACAUUCUUGACUUCUAUGCGACUGGUAAAAUACACAUCUCGUGCACAAUAUGUGCCGAGAGUUUUAGAGAAGAACUCAUAUUUUGGGGAAUUCCUAUGAAGUAUAUCAGUAAAUGCUGUUGGAAGGCGUUCUACCAGCUUGAUGAAGAUAUGGAUGUACUGGAGAACAUUCUGAUGCGACUGAAGUGUUGUCACGAAUCUCCUGAUGGCGUCGACAAUAGUAGUUCCACACGACAUCGUCUCCGAACUAGAAUGUGGAGGCUAUUGACCGAGGUCCAGUCGUCGACACUGGCCAAGGUCUUCCAUAGUUUCCUGGCAUUGGUGAUGAUCGUGUCCGUCCUUGUGUACGCCCUUGAAACUCUCGAGGAAUUCCGAGUGGACAGACACGAUGACAACAAACUGGACAGUAACACAAGUUCCGUGAAACUGCGUCGUCUGUGGAACACAUCCCCACAUCAUAUAUUGAUUAUAUUGGAUUUUGUUUGCAACACGAUUUUAACACUAGAGCUCGCUUUGCGAAUGUUCACGUGUCCGUGUUUGAAGUCAUUCUGGAAAAGUCCGUUGAAUAUCAUCGACCUGGUGUCGUGUACGGGUAUAUGGGUGUGUUUGUCUUUCGGACAAGCACACACUUCUCUGACUUACGGUCCAUUAUGGAUCAUAUCUUGCGUGUUUGGCUUUCUUUACUCUUUCCGGAUCUUACGCUUACUGCGAUUGUUUCGUUACAAUAGUGGAAUGCAAAUUCUCUAUCUGAGUAUAAAAUCGAGCUCAAGGGAACUCUGCCUACUAGCUUCUGCGUUCGCGUGUUUUGUAAUCAUAUUCGCAGGAUUUAUAUACGUGGCUGAAUUAGAGGUAGACACAUUUACCGACAUGUUUGUUUCUCUGUGGUGGUCAGUGAUCACCAUGACGACAGUGGGAUAUGGUGACCAUUUCCCCACCACCGGCAUGGGGUUCGUUGUGGGAACGGCCUGUGCCAUAGUUGGCAUAUUAUUGAUUGCACUUCCGGUUGCCGUUACCUCGUCAAAUUUUCAUGAUUUUAACAUGUUCAACAAAUAUCGAAUUCGGCAUUUUCUUUUGUCUAAACAAAAAACUGAGGAAAUUAGGCCCUGCUUAAAACUCAGCAGUUCAAAGGUAAAGCCAGUGGAUAUUGAUAGGCAUACAGCUUUUAUGUAAAGGAACGAUGUCGCUAUAGUGAUACACUUUGUGGAAUGACAUCAUUAAAUCAUAUGAUGUAUAUAUACAAAUGUACAUACACAUGGAUUCCAGCUUACUGUAUAUGACUUACGGCCUCCUUCGGGUAUUAUACAAACUGUUGUCAUAUAGGAACUGAAAUGCUAUUUUUGUAAGUUUCAUAAAGUGUGAAUGCAUAGACGAUGCAAAUAAGUCACGUGACAAAACUGAUUAGCAUAAGUUAUUAUAAACGAAGAUUGUAACGUGUAGAUAAAUGCAUUGAUGCUGUCCUGUUUACUGUUGAUUAUGUGUAUGGAAAACGAAACUUCAAGAAGCAUUGUCCUGAUAUAGACUUAACUUGACUUUUUAUGUAUCGAAUUUUUAUACAAUU